AAGAAGAAAAAAAAAGGGCCAUUGUUGGUUAAAAAUGGUCACACUCCAACAAGCUUAAGACACCAUUUUGAAUAUGCAGCCCUUUUCUACAUGUCAACACGGAUGGCGGAUGCAAAAGAGUCAUGCAGAGACGUCCCGGGGCGACAAACACUGCUGCAGGUGUCCGACUCCUACGGACGCCAGUUGCUGGGUGUGCUCAGAUCCUUCCGAGAGCGAGGACUUCUGUUUGACUUCACCAUAAAAGUCCAAGAGCACACUUUCCCCUGCCAUCGCUGUGUUCUUUAUGCAUGCAGUGAUUUCUUCCGGGCCAUGUUUGAGGCGGACAUGCGAGAGCGGGAUGAUGGUUCAGUGACACUAUGUGACCAGAGUCCAGCGGUGCUGGGCUCCUUCUUGGACUUCGCCUACUCUGGCCACGUUCUUAUCACAGAAGGAAACGUAGACUCGCUCUUUCAGCUCGCCUCAUUUUUACAGGUGUCACUCCUGUCCAGAGCGUGCAGUGACUUCCUGGCGGCGACGUUGGAUGUCGCUAACUGCUUGUCACUCUUAAACCUCGCCGAGGCGUACGGCUCGGUGGCCCUGCGUCAAGGUGCCACCGACUUUGUGGUUCGCAACUUCCACGAGCUUUCCGACGUGCGAGACUUCGCGGAUAUGCAGGUGGACGUGUUGGAGGAAUGCCUGAGGUCAGCCGCCCUGGGCGUGCCCAGUGAGGAGGCUGUGGUGAUGUCACUUCUCAGGUGGAUACGUGGAGAUCUUCCUGGGAGGCAGAAGCUGCUGCCUGGGUUGUUAUCUCUCACCAGGCCUCACCAUCUCCCUCCACCUGCACUCCAGACCCUUCUGGAAUCAGACGCUCUGCUGAGGAGCGACGAGUCCUGCGUGGCCCUGCUCACCGAGGCUCAGAGCAGACAGAGUCAGCACUUUGGACUGUUCACCGACGCCAGGCCCGCCACCACCCGAACCUACAUUUAUGUCCACAAGACGGAGGACGACGGAGAGACCUGCCACUCUUUCUGCUACUGUGUGGCAACAGACCAGUGGAAGGAGCUCACAAUGAGCCAUGGAGUAACAGCCAUGCCAGACCCACCAGGCUCACACCUGACCAGCUUCGCUGAGAAGAUGUUUGUCACUGGGGGUUGCCGUGGAAACUGUCGCCCUGCUGUACGCCUCCAUGUGGAAGAGUCUUUCCACGAUGCCACCAACGAAGUGUGGUGCUUCUGUCCCGUCACAAGGACCUGCACGCCCGCCCCGGCCAUGCUGAAGCCCCGAACCAUGCACGCAGCCGUGGUCUGCCGUGACCGCGUGUAUGUCAUUGGGGGGCGGACCCAGGGACCUAGCGGGUGUCUUCACAGUCUGCUAGAGGUGGAGUAUUAUGAUCCGCUGAACAGGCGCUGGUUUCCGGUCAGUCCUCUGCCGACCGCAGUCUUCUAUCCGGAGGCCAGUGCUUGCGGCAACAAGAUCUACACUCUGGGAUCACAGGAGGAGAGAAGCGACUCCUUCAACCCCUCGCUGGACUGCUUCUUCAGCUACCAUGCCCAACACGACCAGUGGAGCCGCCUGGUGGCAGACUCUGGUCAGUUCUUCCACGCGGCGCUGGUCAAAGCGGUUUCCAUUGGUCAGACUCUGCACCUCUGUGACCUGUCCACUCACAAGAUGUACAGUUUCUGCCCUGAGACAUGUGCAUGGAAGGAUAAGGGAUCUUUCGGGUGUGCAGGGUUCAAUGCUGAAGCAGUGGCUACCUGGGACAAAAUCUACAUCCUGGGUGGCGACUAUUCCCCCAACGAGAUCACAGAUGAAGUCCAGGUGUACCACAGUGACAGGGGCCAAUGGGAAGAGUUGUCCUCGAUGCCCAGAGCGUUGACUGAAUUCCACUGCCAGCUCAUCAGCUUCAACAGGCACAGUGACCCCUGGUGUGACCUCUGAUGCACAAACGGUUCAAAACAGACUCAAUAACUCCACGGUGACUUUGUGGUGAAUUUACUGAGGAAUGUGUGAAACAAUACAAAAAGGAAUGCCGUUAAAAGUUAAUAACACUAACACAGACACUUGUAAACGGGUUAGCUGAUUAGCUAAUGCUAAUAAUGCUCGCUUGAUUACAUUACAAUAGCAGGUACAAAUAUGCAUGAAAACACUCUUACAGAUAUCACACACGGGAUGGUUUAGUAAGUAUGAAUUGUUUUAGUUAUAUUGUAAAAACUUACAAACGCUGCUUGGAUUGAUGAAUCCAUACGAGCAGAAACACUACAGCAUACUUGCCAACCCUCCCGAAUUUUCCGGGAGACUCCCGAAAUUCAGCGCCUCUCCCGAAAACCUCCCGGGACAAAUAUUCUCCCGAAAAUCUCCCGAUUUUCAGCCGGAGCUGGAGGCCACGCCCCCUCCAGCUCCAUGCGGACCUGAGUGAGGACAGCCUUUUUUCACGACGGGAGGA